AUUCUGAUGCAUUCUGGGAGUCUCCGCUCGAGCGCUACCGAACUGGCAGGGCAUGGAAUUUUGUUACGCAGCUGGACAAAAAUUCCCCGACAAAUUUCGGCUUUUCCCACCACAUUUUUCUGAAAACUGAACUCAAAGCAUUAAAACACCAUGAGCGAUAAGUCAUUGGAGGACUUCUUUGCGAAGAAAGACAAGAGCAAAAAGAGUAAAAGCAAGAGCAAAUUUGCGAAAAGCACGACGGAAGAAAUCGCCAAGCGACUCACCGAAGCCGAUCUGAAGAAGGAGCGAAAAGAAAAAGAGAAAGAAAAGCCACCGCCUCCAAAAGAAACAGAGGACAAAAGUAAAGUAAAGGAUAUCAUAGGGGAUGAAGAUGAUUGGAGAGACAAUGAGGAGGAAAAGGAAAAAGACUACAGUGGGUUGAAGAUCCAGCUACAGAUAAGUGCAAAUCCUGAUCAAGAUGUGGAGGAAGAGGAAGAAGAAGAACUGGAUGAGAAUGGGGAACCAGUCAAGAGCAAAGGAGCAGGGCAUAGUGGGCCGUGGAAAAAGAUAGACGCAGAUGGGGACAAAGAAGCAGAGGCCGCCCCGCCCCCGAAACCCGCAGAGCCAGUAGCUCCAGCAUCCAAUGUGGUGGUCGGCGGGAAGUAUGUACCACCCAGCAUGCGCGGCCAGCAGGCCGGUAGCAAAUCUAGUAUGACCCCUUCCAGGUUAACCGGGAGGAGCAAGACCGCUCCACAGAUCUCCAGUGAGCAAGAGUUCCCCUCCUUAGCAGCCAGCUCCGAUAUAGCUAAACACACUGACAAGAACUCCGACAAGAAUUUUGAAAAGGUGACGAGGGGAGGUCCAAGCAUAACCAACCCCGGAAGCCAAGGACCCAAGCUGGAUCUAGAAAACCGCUUUGCAGCCCUCGGACAAAACUGACACUUGGGAAGCUGUCCCAAACCCCUAGAGAACGAGAAAUUACACCCAAAAAAACCACAAACUGAAUUUAUGAAACUCACUCAUCAUGAUCAUUGAUCGUCCUAAAAGUGCUGAGGUGCUGGCUGUGUACAUAGACCUGAAAAGAAUGAGAGUGUUUAAAAGUCGGAAACUAUAACUCAUCUGACAGGGAUGGAAAAAAAUCAGCAGAGGCUUCCAGUGAUUGGCAAGGGAUCGUGAUAUUGGGGGAAUUUUUCAUUCUCUUGAAGGAAUGGAAGCGGAGUCGGACAUCCUGGACCUGCUGUAAAUACAUUGAUGGAUACGUUGAGACUCGACACUGGAAUUCUAACCCUGCCCACAGAGGUCAACGAUGCAUCAACGGUUAAAGUUUGUACCUGUCUGUGAUUAGGUUUCUACCAAGGAUCACUGCUUAUUUGAGAUCUUCCGCAACUUGAUUUGAAGGAUGUCUCCUCAAAAUUAUGAAAAAUAUUAAAAUGUACACAUUUGAAUCAUGCUACUCCAUUAGAUGUUAUUGGUUCGUUUGGGGUCGGAUAUUUUUGUUUUUCAUUUCAGGGUGCAAACUUAUAACAACAAGGGCUAGUUUUUCAUGGGACACCACUAGCCAUACUGUACUUUCAAACAGUGAUCAUGACUUGAAGACAGCAAUGCCAUUAUUGGAAUAAGUCUUCCUGCACUUACGGAAUGGCUUCUUUUAUAAAUAUGUGUUUUGAAAAGCGUAUACUUUCAAUUUGUUGCCCAGUGGACAAACACUUUCAUUACAUAUAUACGAGCAAUGUGGGACUGGCUAACUUUUAAUUUUGCAUCCCUGAAUUGGGAAUAGGGGAUUGCAAAGGGGCAUUCAAUUUAAAUCUCUACUGUCUCUGCAUAAAAAAAAUGUCAUUUGCCAAUCUGUACUACACCCAAAAGCUUUUGAUUUUUUUUCUUCUCACUAGCCCUCAGACAACACCGAGUAUACAGUGUUUAUAAAAUAGUUGGUGUACUCGGCGAAGGUCAAAACCCAAUAUAAAAUUGAUAUCUCCCUGAUGCACUUCCACCUUGUAUUGUAACAAAACAAUCUGUGCUAGGAGUUGCUCAACUUUUUGUGUGCUUCUUGUGGUGAAAAUGUGCGAAUAGCUGUCAAGUGACGGACUGGAAUCCUGGCCUAAUAUGAUGGGUAGUGACCUCAAGUGGCCUGAGAUUUCAUUGGUUGCUAUCUACCUUGCCGGUUCUUCCUUUCCUGUUGUCCGAUUGGCCAAAUACUCAAGUGUGCAUAGAUGUGGAACACAUUGGUUGUGUUGGAGUAGCUAACACAUGUAAGUAAAUGUACACAAGAGCGUUCGAUUAGCCAUCACGGGAUGCUCGUGGCUGCACCGGUAUCAACCACCACUCACGAGCAGGUCUCUGGUGGAUGCCCAGAUGUAAUGAUGUAGCUGGACAAAUUGGGUGCUAGAUUGAAAAUGACGGGAACUUGAAUUGAAUUCGAAGAACUACAUGUAGAG